GAGGGAUUCGAUCGCCGCGAGCGGCAGCAAGAGACGCAAACGCGAAGCAAACGCAGCCCAGCGAGAAUCAAAAAGCCGGUAGCCCCGGCCAAUGGCAAGGAUCCUCCCGAUGGCCGCCUCCUACUCCCUCCAGCUCGCCGGCCUACGGCCCCCCUCCCCCUUCUCCGCCGCCGUCCGGCUCGCCUCCAACGCCCGCCUCGGCCUCCACUCCGCUCCCUUCCGCCGCCUUGCUCUGUCCCAUCUCGGAAGCGCUAUGCAUCACGGGCAGUUAUUUGGAAUAAAACCUUCUAAGUUGAUAAGAAAAGCGAGUGGCAUAGAGGCCAGUGCUGCUGGAAAUAUGACGACACAAGCAAGCACCACUGUUAGUCAAGAAGAGGCCUUAGAGUGGGUGAAAAAGGACAAGAGGAGGCUUCUUCAUGUUGUUUAUCGUGUUGGGGACUUGGACAAGACCAUAAAGUUCUAUACAGAGUGCUUGGGAAUGAAGUUGCUGCGAAAACGUGACAUUCCUGAGGAAAGAUACACAAAUGCUUUUCUUGGAUAUGGGCCUGAAGACUCACAUUUUGUCGUUGAACUCACUUACAAUUAUGGGGUUGACAAGUAUGAUAUUGGAACUGGUUUUGGUCACUUCGGUAUUGCAGUGGAGGAUGUUGCCAAGACGGUGGAUCUUAUAAAAGCCAAGGGAGGAAAGGUGACCAGGGAACCUAGCUCUUUAAAAGGGGGCAAAACUCUGGUUGCCUCUAUUGAAGAUCCUGAUGGUUAUAAGUUUGAGCUUUUGGAAAGGGGCCCUACACCAGAACCCUUUUGUCAAUUAAUGCUUCGUGUAGGAGACCUUGAUCGUGCUAUAAACUUCUAUGAGAAGGCAUUUGGUAUGGAGCUUCUACACAAACAAGACAAUCCUGAGGACAAGUAUACUAUAGCAAUGAUGGGAUAUGGUCCUGAAGAUAAAAAUGCAGUGCUGGAGUUGAUGUACAACUACGGGGUUAAAGAAUAUGACAAAGGAAAUGCCUAUGCACAGAUUGCAAUAGGUACAGAUGAUGUUUAUAAAACUGCAGAAGCAAUAAAAUUGUAUGGGGGAAAAAUUACUCGUGAACCAGGCCCUUUACCUGGCAUUAACACAAAGAUCACUGCCUGCUUGGAUCCUGAUGGUUGGAAAACGGUCUUUGUCGACAACAUAGAUUUUGCCAAGGAACUGGAGUGAACCGAUCAUCAUGCCUAAAUUUCUAGUGCGGAGUUUGUCAAGGAAUAUCUGACCUCCUAUCACUUAAUGUGGCCUUUGCCCGGUUCAGUUUGUAGAUAAGCCAUUCAACCUACCCUGUUAGUGAUAGCAAGUAACAUGUGUCACCUAAUAUAGCGCGGUGUAGAUGUGAGAUUCCUUUUGAUGCAAUUUUAAUUUAUUCAUCAUAUCAAUCUAGUUUGGCUCCAACUCAUGUUUAUUGUACUGGUGCUGCUUAUUAAAUUGACACGGUUACAUUCAUGUUGGCAUGACAAUUUAACAUUAGGCGUAUGCCUUCAAUCCAGAUCUGUUGGUCA